UAACAUUCGGCUAUAGACUUUCAGAUCUGGACUGUGCUUCAUCUUAAAGGUGUCCCACUGGCAUGUAGCACGCAGAGACAGAAUAAAAGCCGCUGAUUCUUCCUAAUGAAAUCAAUCCCACUGGCUACCCACAGCCAAAUUCUAGACAAAUCAGAGCCAUCUAUUAACAUAAGUAUAAACUGGAGACUGUGUAUGCUCAGGGUCAGCAGAAACCAUGGACGAACUUGGCGGGUGAUGAGAAAAGUACAGAAAUCUACUCUGCCCUCUAAUACUUCGCCACUUCGUCUAGUCCCAGUGGACACAGCGAUCACCAGCAGAGAGUUAAUCAACUCUUGAUGGAUGAAAUGUUUACUGAGUUUUUGUUACAUGCUGGAGACAGUGCUAGAUCAUCAAAGACAAAGCUCCUGUUCUGAAGCUUAUCCAAGAACAGCAAGCCGGUCAUCCACAAGGAUCUGAGGGAAUGAGACAUUGGACAGACUUUCAGCUGAACUCUCAUCUCUCAACACUGGCAAAUAUUCAUAAGAUCUACCACACCCUUAAUAAGCUAAAUCUAACAGAAGACGUUGGCCAAGACGAUCACCAAACAGGAAGUCUGCGGUCUUGCAGUUCUUCGGACUGCUUUAGUAAAGUGAUGCCGCCGAGGAAAAAGAGAAGACCUGCUUCUGGAGAUGAUUUAUCUGCCAAGAAAAGUAGACACGAUAGCAUGUAUAGAAAAUAUGAUACAACUAGAAUAAAGACUGAAGAAGAAGCCUUUUCAAGUAAGAGGUGCUUAGAAUGGUUCUAUGAAUAUGCAGGUACUGAUGAUGUUGUAGGUCCCGAAGGCAUGGAGAAAUUUUGUGAAGACAUUGGUGUCGAACCAGAAAAUGUAGUUAUGCUCGUCCUAGCUUGGAAAUUGGACGCACAGAACAUGGGUUAUUUUACUCUACAGGAAUGGUUAAAAGGAAUGACGUCUCUACAAUGUGAUACAACAGAAAAACUCAGAAAUACUUUGGAUUACUUAAGAUCAUUAUUAAAUGAUUCUACAAACUUUAAACUUAUUUACAGAUAUGCGUUUGACUUUGCACGGGAAAAGGACCAGCGCAGCCUAGACAUAAACACUGCCAAGUGCAUGUUGGGACUGUUAUUAGGAAAAAUCUGGCCCCUUUUUCCAGUUUUUCACCAAUUCUUAGAGCAAUCAAAAUAUAAAGUUAUUAACAAAGACCAGUGGUGCAAUGUGCUAGAGUUUAGCAGAACAAUUAACCUUGACCUCAGCAACUACGAUGAAGAUGGAGCAUGGCCAGUUUUGUUGGACGAGUUUGUGGAAUGGUAUAAAGACAAACAGAUGUCCUAGGACUUUAUGCAUAGCAGCGAGAGAGUCACUGUUACCACAGUUAUGUCAACCAUUAGCCAUAAAUUGCUGUUUGUAUCCAAGCGCAUGCUGCUUUUCUUGCACUGUCUCCCUUUGGCAGGGACGUGUUGGUGUUUGCUAUUGAAUGGGCCAGCUCUGCUUGCUGUGUAGCCUUGUUCUCUUGGAAGGCUGCUUUGCAGUUUGUAUUUACACUACAGAUUGGUGAAUUUGCCAACGUCCUCACUGUGAUUAUGUGUAUAUUGCUGUUUAAAUUUUGUAUAUGUGUAUAAAAAGAAGAAGCUUCACCUAGAGAUUAUUUCUGCAAAAAUGUAUUGUAAAAUAAUUUUUGUGGCAUAUUUCUAGUCCCUUUUUUCAGAUGAACCAAUUAUACAUUUAUUUGGUCUCAAAUGUAGCAUUUCAGAAAACAAGACAGAACAACUGUUACCAUAUGCAAAUGUUGCCAGAAUUAACCUUAUUGUUUAAGAGGCCAACUUUGGAAGGAGGUGGGAGUCAUAACUUUUCAGAGGCAUAUGCCAAAUAUAAUUUGGUUUACUUAAAUAUUAGCAUUUUUAAAUGAUGGAAGUUAGAAUAAUUGAACAUACAGACACAUACUAUGCCACAAAUCAUUUCCACCAUGCAGGGUAUAUAGGUUUUGAUUUUCUAAUGUGAAAGCUAGCAUGGUUUGACUAUAGGUACAGAUGAACAAAUUAAAAUUGCAUCUUUUUUUUUUUUCACUGAUUUUAAACUUUUGUAAACUUUUUUAGUGUUUUUUUUUUUUUUUUUUCCUUUUGCAUUCUUCUAGUCCGUGUUUGGUCUGCUGAUGCUUUCUAUGCCAUUCUAAGUAAAAUUUAUUUUGCCGCCUCCAUGAAAACCUAAUGGUUUGCUGGCAAUUUAUAACUGCAGAGCACUUUUAGUUGUGGCUUGAAUUUUUAGUUAAGCUUUCAUGGUGUUUAAUUCUCUAGUUUUGAGGGGGAAAGAACUAUACAAUAAGUGAGAGGUGUUUUGCUUUGCUUUCCAUUUUUGUUUCUUUCACACUAGGCUUUUACUGGCAGAAUGUCCAUUGCAGGCAGUGGACACGACUCCACCAGCACUGAGCUAAAAUCUCUGUUACACGGUAGGACCUUUCCUGGAGGGGCCGCUCAUCAUUACCUGAGUAAUGUGUACAGAGAGGUGGUAGCCGUUAUUUAUGUGGAUGAGGAAACAAGAGUAAACAGGACGAUAGUUUUAGGUUUGUAUUUUAUGUCUUUUUUUUUUUUUUUCCCCCUUGUCUUACCCUUCUCAAGGAAAUGUAUAAAUAACAUGUUCCUCCCUCAACUAUCUGGUGCUAUUGAAUGACUAAUUUAGUCCCUAAAGUUUUGUGAAAACACAAAAGUCUAACGACUUAAACCAAGUGAAAGCUAAUGGUGCAUUUAGACAAGUGAAUGCCUAGUUGUGAGCAGAAUCCGUGAUUGAACAUGCAGCGGUUGGAAGAGGUUCCGUUUAUUUCAAAGUCUGGCCCCAAGACCUUUUGGGUCAAAUGUGAACCUCUAAAUGGCAUUAAAUGAGUAAAGCACACAGACAAUGCUACUCUUGACCAUGAUUUCACAGUUUCUUUGCCAACAGUGUUCAGAUUUUCAUAUAUUAUUUUUUUCCCUAACUGAACCACCAAAGACAGGAAUUUUGUAUGUAUAUACAGUGUGUGUGCAUAUACAAAAUCAUGAUAUGGUAGAAUGAAAUUACUUCCUUUUUCUACCGAAUAGAAAGGUUUGGUUUGCUGUGAAAUAAACCAGAAGUUGGAAAAACUCUGUAGUGAUUAAGCAUACUUGACCAUUCCUUGUUGAGAAGUUGUGGACUCCCUUCUACCUUACACAUCCAUACCAGUUUGCACAAAUUCCUAUCUGCAAAGGAUAGAUGUUGAGCAAGCACUGCUCCUGAGACCAACGCAUUGAAAGGGCUUCCGUUCUGACGGGCGCCUGCUACUCCAGUGGCGAUUGGCCAUAGGCAGGUUCCAAUCUGUUGAAAACUUGAGUCAUUUUCAAAAGGAUCCCAUAAAGUUGACAAAUUACACUUUAAAGGCAGCAGUUCUUAAGUCUGAUCAACUCUAGUUUUGUUUAAAGCAAAUAUAAAUCAUAGAUGAAAUUGGUUUAAAAGGUAUCAUUAGAAACUGGAGAAUUUUUUAAACACUAAAGCACAGUUAAUCCUAAAAUAAAAGGAUUGUUACAGGGAAGAUGUUACAUUUUAACCACAAUGGACAUUUUGAUGAUAGGGGUUUUGGAAAAGCCAAGUAAAAACUAUCUCAUGAUGUACCUAAUAUGGAGAUAAGUAUUCCAAAGGGAUAAUCUUGCGUAUUUAGAGAAGUCCAAGUAAUCUUUGAACUCCCUUGAAAAAUAAAUCUUUGUGACUGCAGAGUGCUUGCCCUUGGUUUUCUUGAUUCUGUGCAGUUAUUUUUAAGGGGAAGAAGAGGGGCCAGGGUAAUAAGAUACUUUUUUAAAAAAUGUCCCUCAGUUACAUAAGCACUUGUUUAUGGGUGAGUGCCAAGUGAAUGAGGGUGCCUUUUUAUGGUUUUUCUUUCUCACCUACGUCUCCACCCUUUCUCUUUCCAUCAUGUUUUGAACUCCACGUUGCAAUACUCUGUCAUGAUAGAACGCAACUUUUAGAUGUUUACUGCUGCGCUAGGUCGGAAAUUUCCUUAUUUGAUUUGCCAUAAACACCCCCUGUAACAUUACAUGCAGCUUAUUUGAAGCAUGAUCUCUGAAUGAAGUUUUUAUAAAUCUGACUAGACAGACCUCUAGAUUCUGGAUUAACAACAAACUUCCGUUGCCUCUCAGUCUCCAUCUUAACAGUGCUUUUGAAGUUUAUACAGAAAGCUUUAAAAGUUAGUUUGUGCCCUUGGUUUUUAUUCUUACAACUGCUAAAAUACCUCUGUACGCCUUAUCUUUUAUUCUUUCAUACGUUGUAUAAUAAAUGUAUAGAAUUCAUUGACCAACUGAAAGGUUGGGUGUCUGUAAAUGAGACCAAAACGUGGGUUGUUUUUUUUUCAUGAAGUCAUUUCUCUUGGGGGUUACUGUUAGUGAACAGCAGCUAACCUGUAACUGUGAAUGCUUCGUGUCGUCAGUAUUUGCAUUACCUUCAUAAACGUGUGCAAGUCCUGUGACUCCCAGCUUAACUGAAAUACUGUUAUGCCAUCUAACUUGAGUACAGCAAACUGGUUUUAGGUUUUAAUGGAAUUGAUGUAAAACGAUACCCCAUAAAUAAAAAGUAUUUGUGUUUGGUUUCAGAACUGAUUUGUCAAUUCUUUC